AUGUGCGUGUUCAAGGUGGCGAAUUCAAGAAAAAACAGUGCUCAGAGCACAAGGAGAAAUGAUCCAUUGGAGUCACUGCUAUCUGGAUUUGACAGAGAGCAAGAAAUGUCAGCUAUGGUGUCAGCUUUGGCCCACGUGGUGGCGGGUAAUGUGAGCCAAGAAGCAGCGCAGCCUGGAGAUAGUGACAGUCGAGGUGGCGGAGCGGCGGUGAGUGGUGGUUCUUCGACGUCUGCAUGUUCGUUGGGUGUUGGAGAUAAGAGGAAAAGGGAAGAGAAUAGCAGUCAUGAACAGGCUUCUGCAUCAGUUGCAACAGUUUACAGGGCUUAUAAUGAUUUUACCAUUGGAGAUUCUGAAAUAAUAUCAGGUGCAGAAGGUCCAAGCAGAGGAACAAGCAUCAUAACAUCAACAGAAGCAGUAUAUACAUACUCCACUCCCACAAAUGUCACUACAGAAUCCCAUGGAACAAGGAAAUACAGAGGAGUUAGACGGAGGCCAUGGGGCAAAUGGGCUGCAGAAAUAAGGGAUCCCUACAAAGCCUCUAGGCUUUGGUUAGGCACAUUUGACACUGCAGAGGGUGCUGCUAGGGCAUAUGAUGAGGCUGCCCUUAAAUUUAGAGGCAAUAAAGCAAAACUAAACUUCCCAGAAAAUGUUCGGCUCUUGCAAAUGCAAUCACCAGUACCAAAUAAUCUCGUUUCAGUUUCUACUUCAACUGAACCAAUUGUUCACACUCAUCAAGUUCAAUAUCCCAUGCAGAAUAUGAACUCCAGCUCACAAGUUUUGAUGAAUCUUGAUGAUAUUCCAAUGCAGCCUGCAGGGAAUUUGUGGGAUCAGUUACCGUUUUCAUCUUCAUCCCCGUCCUCGUCUUCUUUUCCACUGUUUUUUCCAGCUAACCUGCAGGGUAAUGCCAGGCCGGAGGAUGAUCUAAGAAGUGGAGCUGAAUAUUCUUCGACGCCAGAUUCAAGUCAUUUGACUUCUUCAGGAUGA